AGAAAAAGAAAAAGAAAAAAGAAAUAGAAACUCGGUGAGACCACGAGCCUCAGCCUCUACCCCUCCGCCUCUCUCUCUCUUUCUCGCUGGUCAGCCACACUUGGCCACCACCUUCCUUUCUCUCUAUUUUUCUUUUUCUCUCUCUUUGUUUCUCUCCCUAAAAUUGCAGAACACCACCAUAACCGCAACACCACCUCCACCACAACCAAUUAGCUAUUACAUAGCUACAUAAGCGUUCCAUUUUUCAAUAGAAUUUGCUUGAAAGAGAAGCAAUGCCGGCACAGAAGCGGUCGCACGAUGCUUUGGAAGAUGAUCCUAUACAAAACAACCACGAAAACGGCCAUGAACAGCCGGAAGACGACGAGGAAUCCGAUCGAAGCCCUUCGUCGAGCAAUGGAGACAGAGACGAAUAUAUCAUGGUGAAGUUGGCAGAGAUACGCAAGGAAGUUCAGUGUCCUAUCUGCUUAGGGAUCAUUCGAAAAACAAGAACAGUGAUGGAAUGCCUUCACCGCUUCUGUAGGGAAUGCAUAGACAAAUCUAUGCGCCUGGGGAAUAAUGAGUGCCCUGCUUGCCGCACACACUGUGCUAGUCGUCGCUCUUUGAGAGAUGAUCCAAACUAUGAUUCCUUAAUUGCAGCUUUGUAUCCAGAUAUUGACAAGUAUGAGGAAGAGGAAUUAGCUUUCCAUGAAGAGGAGAAGGCUCGCAAUAAGCAGAUCCAAGCUUCCAUUGCCCAGACUUUACGGCGACAAUCGGAAGCCCUUGGCAGGAAAAAAACAACUGCCAAAGCCACAGCAGCUGCAUUUAUGAGGAGAUCGCAGGGUAACUAUCGUAAUUCUCAUUUGAGGGGAAGAAGAAACUACCGAAAUGCUGCUGACAAUCAAGGGUCUGAUGACAAUGAGGAUGAAAAUGGUAAUGAUGGAGGCAAAGAUUCAUCUUCUGCGGAUGAGCGCACGGAAACUAGAUCAAAAAGAUGCAAGAGAUGGGGAGGAGCUCGAUAUUCUCAACCUUCAGCAACUGUUGGUUCAGAUGGCGGAGGUGAUGAAAAUGAUUCUGAAGCUAACAAGGAAAGCCUGGGCAUGACUAUGGGGCUUGUUGGCAGCUCGGAGAGGCUUGCCUGGGGCAAAGGUGGUAUGCGGAGUCACACACGGUAUGGCGGUUCCAGUGGUGGCAAUGGUAAGAAUGCCAGGAACAGCCGCCUCUCAAAGUUAAUGGAUUAUCUUCGAAACUCUGAAGAAAAUGAGUUGGAUGUACACCUCAUGCUUGUUUCUAUCGAUGAACAAAGAAUUCCAAGUUUGCAGCGGCCAUAUCUUUGCUGCAGGCCUACUUUGUCAGUUAGGCAUCUCUGUCAGUAUGUUGCUCACCAAACCAAAUUGCAAGACAAUGAAGUUGAGAUAUACUUGUUAAAAGAGCUCCAUGCCAAAUUCAGUCCUUCAACCUCCAUGAGUGUUCCAAUUCCUAAGCCUAGUGUAUUAGAGUGUAAAGAAAAGUUGCGAGCUUUAAAUGAGCAAGAAACUUUGGCAGAACUUAAAGCAUACAGUUCUACUCGUGGACAUCUACUUCUGGCCUAUGAGAAGAAGUGGAGCUCAAACUGGUACUGUUGACAUUUUCUUCCGGCUUUGUCAUGACAAACAAGUUAUCACCACAUUCUUCUGCAAUGGUACAUAAUAUCCACACUCAGAAAGGAGGAUGUCAUGUAGGUUCAAUACUGAUAGCAACAAAUUGAGUUUUAGGAUCCAUGCAAAGUAAACGUCUAGAGAGUUCAGAAGUAGAAAAUUGGGUUUUUCUUGCUGUAAGUUUGUUACAACUUUUACCAGUAUCUAUAGAUUGUGACUUGCUUUGAAUGUUGUGAUAAUAAUCCUUCAAAUAGGCAAGUGCUUGGUAAGUGUUUUCUUCCCAGGUUCACGAGUUCAAGUCAGCGAAUUCUCAUUCUAUUCCAUAGUCGCAGUGUCCCCCCAAAUCCAGAGUAACGAGAGAGAGAGAGAGAACAUUUUAUUUUAUUUUUUGAAGAAAAUAAGUAACUUAAUUGUUAAAUAAAGAAAAGCAUUGCAAUACUUUGCAGCCCUUAAAUUAGGACAACCAUUGCAAUACUUUGCAUAGAUACCUGGUUAUAUAUUGUUCGAAGAUUUUUAUGUCACGCUAUCUAUUUAUAUAAACCGUCUUUUUAAAAGUA